AUGAUUAUAUUGAGAAAUAAGCACGAAAUUUAAUCUAAUUUCUAAGCUACUUAAUUAGCAUUUGCAUUAAAUUGUAGAUAAUAUCGUUGUAGAAGCAUAAUAAAGCAAUUAAUUAAAUUAUUAAAUUUUAUAUUUCGAAUAAGUUAAAUGGAUAAAUAAAACAGAAUGAUUAAAUAACUUUUCUGCAUAUUAGGCUUAUUAGUCGCAGCAUCUAUUGCUGGGUCACCCAACAGAAUUCUUUUUGGACCCCACACUGUCACUUAUACCAUUACAAAUAAUGUUUUGCAAGUCUAAAUCUAAGCAAACAAUAAUGGUUGGGUUGCAUUUGGAUGGGGAGAUUCAAUGAUAAACUCUGAUAUUGUUGUGGUAAGAAACGAUGGAACUUUAAAAGUUGAAGACAGAUUCUCUACUGUCAGAGGAGUAGCUCCUCUUUUGGAUGUUGCCUAAGGAGGUACUUAAGACUGGACUCUAGUGACAGGCGGUUUCUAAAAUGGUUCUUGGGAUAUAACAAUUUAGAGAACACUCACUACAUCUGACAAUAAGGAUUACUAAUUAAUAAAUGGUAAAAGAUACGAUACUCUUUUUGCUAUUGGUAAUGAAAUGUCUUUCACCUAAAAACAUAAAUUCUUUUGGGAGUAUGAAGACAUUAAAUAUAGUGAUGAAUAGCUUGGUGAUUAAGAUGGUGCAGGCUCUAAAUUAACUGCAAUUUUCACUAUAGUUUUCACUAUUAUUUUCUAUGUAAUCAUGUGA